AUGGGAAGACCAUGCAGCAGCAAGUUAUCCCGCCUUAAUGAAGAUUUCAAGAUUGAUCUUGCUAAGUCACCGGCAUUACGCGAUGCUUGGUUUUCCCGGACGGCCAUGGAAGGACAAAUUGAGGUGUUGAAAUAUCUACUGUAUCAACAUGGAGCCGAUCACACACCAGUGAUCGAGGGUAGCUAUGCAGCAAUACACGGGGCUGCUUGGUGUGGACAUAAGGAGGUCGUUCAAUUUCUGCUGGGAACACGUCGAAUCGAUGUCAACUCGAAAGAUGAAAACGGCAUGACAGCACUGUCAUGGGCUGUUUUGGGUGAUCGUCAGGAGGUUGUUCAGUUGCUGCUUAGCACAGAUCAGGUUGAUGUCAAUUCAACGGGUGAUCUUGGCGGCACCCCAUUGUCAUAUGCUGCUACACACGGCCAUAAGGAAAUCGCUCGAUUGCUGUUGGGCAUGAAUCAGAUCAAUGUCGACUCGGAGGACUUCAUGGCCAUGACACCAUUGAGAUGGGCCGCUAAGGAGGGCCAUAAGGAGAUGGUUCGGGUGUUGUUAGAGACAGGUCAGGCUGAUGUCAACACGAAAAGCGAAGAAAAUGGGUGGUGCUAUACGGCAUUAGAAUGGGCCAUUGAGAAUAACGAUGAGGGAGUUGCUCGGCUCCUGCUUGACCUAGGUCAGGUCGAGAAUGGCCAUUUACUCGAUGCCUUGUCAUUUGCUGCUUCACGUAGCAAUAAGAAGAAGGUCCUACUGCUGUUGGAUACUGAACAUUUUGAGUUCAACUCUCUGGCUGAAAAUGGCGGUGCACCGCUGAGGUAUGCUGCGGAGGGAAAGGAUGAGGAAAUCGUUCAGAUGCUGCUGGACGCAGGUCGGCUUGACCCGAAUGGGAAGGAUAAAGACGGUCGGACAGCACUACAUGCUGCUGCUCGAUUUGGCCGUAUAGGAAAUGUCCAACUACUGCUGAAGUCAGGUCGAGUUGAUAUCAACUCAAAAGAUGAAGACGGUUGUACACCGCUAGAUUUGGCCACGAAAAAUCGUCACAAAGAGGUCAUCCCGUUGCUACAUGCAGCAUGA